UGCAAAAGCUAGGAAGCACUAUCACCAUCUGGGUGCUCAGUCGUAUGGUCAGGCGAGAGAAUCGUGGAUGUACAACCAUUACCCCACGAUUGCGUCGACCACAACAUCGGGCACUAGCUCUACGACGACAGUUGCACAGCGGCAACCAGAUAGAGCGCUCGAUUGGUGGUGUUCCAUGCAUGGGGUUGAUGCAAAGGGACAGAGAGUCAUACCUGAUCCCGCAACAAAACAGAUAGCUAAUGCCCAGAUAGCUAAUGCCAUUGAAAAGGAGGCAACUGGUGAGUUCACUCCUAGAGGACAAGUUGAUGCCUUACACGAGACUCUAGGACGGGACCAGUAUGGACGUGUGAGGGGCGUAGGAGGUGUCCGCCUCGGGGUGAGAAAGGUGUAUGGUGAUCAAUACACCUCUACGUCAAGAUCCAGUGCCUCUAGUGUCAAUUCAGCAGCUCCAUAGAUGUGGAGGCUAUGAAAGCCGAGCUUCGGGAGGAGCUAGAGCGGAGAUGACUCAGAAUUUCAACGCCAUUUUGGCGCAGAUGGGCUUACCGACUUUUGGUGCUUUCCGCAGGGCGGUGUUCCAGCACAGCCUGUUCCUACGCAGCCUCAUCCAUAUCCGGAG